AUGCGGAAGAUCCCCGUCUCCAUGGUCACGCCCCGGCAGCGGGUGAGGGUCGGGAACCGCACGCUCUCCAAGGACGAAUGGUCGGCCGUGCAGACGCUCAACGACGCGACCGACGGCGACAUCCCCGCCGUGAGGAGUAAGCCCCCCCCUCCCCCUCGCCACCGCGAACCGGGCGCUGCUGCUCCUGAAUCUGACGAGUUUAUUACACAUGCAGAGCUCGUGAGACAGCUGAGGAAGUCGGGGAAAGGCCUGGAACAGACGCUGGCGGCGAUCAAGCACCCGCAUUUCCGCGGCCGCGGGCCGCUCCACAUGGCGGCGUGGGCCGGCAGGCUGGAGAUGUGCAAGUUCCUGGUCGAGGAACUCCACCUCAACGUCAACGCGCCUGGCGACGACGGUGCAACGCCUCUAUCAUAUGCAAUAUUUGGUUGUGGAUCUACAUCUGUUGUAAGGUUUCUUCUUGACCGUGGUGCUAAGCCAAACAAAGCUAAUAUAAAUGGGGUUACUGCACUGCAUUAUGCUGCAAUGCCAGGAGCAAAUGCUGACCCAGAGGGAGACAGGUUAUGGGCAGCUAACACCCGAGAUGCCUGUGAAAUAGCAGAGUUAUUAUUGUCCAGGGGAGCUUAUGUUGACCCUAUAUGCGCAAAAGGAACACCUCUAAACGUUGCUGCCCAAAAGGGAAAUGUGAGAAUGUUGGAAUUGUUGUUGAGGCAUCAGGCAAAUCCUAACACAGUUGUGCAUUUAGUGUAUACACCACUUUCAUAUGCUAUCUCCGCUUCUUCACUGAAAUGCAUGGAACUACUUAUUAAGGCUGGUGCUGAUGUCAAUGCUGGUAGGCCUGUAGUAACACCAUUAAUAAUAGCUGCAUCCUAUGGCUUCACUUGUGGCAUCAAGUGUUUGCUGGAAGCUGGUGCUGAUGCAAAUAUUCCUGAUGAAUUUGGUAGAACAGCAGCACAAAUUGCUGCAACCAAUGGAUGGAUGGACUGCGUUGAGAUUCUUUCCCCUCUCACAGCCUCUGCAGGCACUAAUGUAAUGGUUCAACAUGCGAACUUUGUGAAUUCAAAAUCAAAUUUUCAUUUUAUAUUCUGUUUAAUAAAAAAUGUCUUUCACUUCUUCAUUUGA